AUGCUAAUUAUUUUUCUGCUUUGCUUUGUUGUAAAAGAAAAAGAAAACAAAAUAAAACCUUUCUCCGUCAAGUUCCUGCCGUCGUCGACCAGACCUCUGCCGCUCCGCCGCCGUCAAUCCUCCACCUGCCGCCGUCGAUCUGUAAAACAUUUCUUCAUUUGUUAACAUUUUGAAAGAACAAUCAAUCAAUAUUUUUGUGUCAUUAUGGAAGGGUUAGUGAGUUAUGGUAUCAACCCAGUUCGUGUUAUUGCCACUACAAAACAAGUAUCUCGUUUUCUCUGUGAUUCACAACCAAAUCUGAAAAUGGGUGUUCUUGGAUUUCAAAUUGGGAUGCUGAAUAACAAGAAAAAGUUUUCACCUUUGAUCAUGUCUGCUGCUGUUGGAAACUCCUCUCAACUUGGUCAUUUCGAGAACACUCUUCCUUCCAAAGAAAUUCUGGAGCUAUGGAAGAAUGGUGAUGCAGUGUGCUUUGAUGUCGAUAGCACUGUGUGUCUGGAUGAAGGAAUUGACGAGCUUGCUGAAUUUUGUGGGGCUGGAAAAGCUGUUGCAGAAUGGACAGCAAGAGCAAUGGGUGGUUCCGUUCCUUUUGAGGAAGCCUUGGCUGCCAGGUUAUCUUUGUUCAAUCCCUCUUUGUCUCAACUUCAGAAUUUUCUUCAGCAACGGCCACCAAGGCUUUCUCCUGGCAUUGAAGAAUUGAUCCAGAAACUAAAGGCUAAUCACAAGCAUGUUUAUCUGAUCUCCGGGGGCUUUCGUCAAAUGAUCAAUCCUGUUGCUUCGAUUCUCGGGAUUCCACAAGAGAACAUUUUUGCCAAUCAACUGCUUUUUGGAAGCUCCGGACAGUUUCUUGGAUUUGAUGAAAAUGAGCAUACUUCAAGGAGUGGAGGAAAAGCCACUGCAGUCCAACAAAUCAAGAAGGAUCACGGGUACAAAGCAUUGACUAUGAUCGGUGAUGGUGCAACUGAUUUUGAGGCUCGUAGACCAGGUGGUGCUGACUUGUUCAUUUGCUAUGCUGGUGUUCAACUUCGAGAAGCUGUUGCUGCAAAAGCAGAUUGGCUAGUUUUCAAUUUUCAAGACCUUAUAAAUUCAUUGGGGUAACUUUCUCUUUUUUUUUUUGGUUUCUUUUCGCUCGGGCGUGAUAGGUUUCCUAUAAUAUUAAGAGAAUCAUAGAAGUGUGAGGAAAUAACAGAUUUGGGAAAAAAUUGGCAGGAAAUAAAAUAAAUGUGAAAUCCUGUGGCAUGUCAUUAAGGAAAGAUGUUUCUAAGAUAGAUAGAUGCCAUUCAUUUUUUUACUUUAGUAGAUCAGAUUUAUUCUUCUUCCAUUGUUUGUAGAGCUGUGAUACAUAAAAUCUUUUCACAUAUCUGCAAGGAAUAAAAUUGUAGCAGAAACAUGUUACUUUUUCUUCUUUUUUCCGUAAACUAAGGUAUCUUCUGCGCACAACCGCAAAGGCUAAUUUUUCGAGAUAACUGAGAUCCAUUUAAGGGGUGGAUUUCUCCCAACGAAUGUUAUUCCAUAUGCACCGAUCAGAGAUCGAAUCCUAGACCAAUUGGUCAAGGGACACAAAUAUCUACUACUUUUUGAUAAUGUAAGAUGCAGAUGCAAAAGUUGAACUCAAUUCAGUUAGCUAUUAUUAUACUUUUGGUGUAAAGAAGGAACAUGAGGUGUUAAUUCAGAGUGGUAAGGGUUUGGCCUAAUAAUGUAAAAGUUGAAUGCACAAAUA